AUGGGGUUUCUUUUCAAGCUUCCUUUUUUUCUUUGCUUGAUUGUUCUUCUUCUCUUCAAUGGAACAUUUGGGACUCUUGAAGAUAACAACAAAGCAGCAUUACUUGCUUUCAAAAAUGGGAUUUUUUCUGACCCAAAAAACCAUCUUGAAAAUUGGAGAUUAGAUUCAAAUCUUCACUUCUGUAACUGGACAGGAAUUGAAUGCAACAAUGUCACUCGCAAAGUUGUUUCAAUUGAUCUUUCUGGAAACUCAAUUAGAGGCAUUAUUUCUCCAUUUCUUUCCAAUAUUUCUUCCUUAAUGAUUCUGGAUUUAGCUAAGAAUUACUUUGAAGGUCAAAUCCCCAAGGAAUUGGGUUCUUUAGUUAAUCUUCAGCAACUGGGUUUAAAAGGGAAUUUACUCACAGGAAAAAUCCCAAAAGAGCUUCAAAAUUUGAAUAAAUUGGAGUUUCUUCAUUUGGGUAGCAACAAACUUGAAGGGCAGAUUCCUGAGUUGCUAUUCUGUAAUGGGUCUAGUUCUUCAUUGAGAUAUAUAGACCUGUCAAACAAUUCUUUUAGUGGGAAAAUACCUUUGAAAAAUGGUUGUGAGAUGAAGAAUUUAGUGAAAUUUUUGCUAUGGUCUAAUAAGUUUGUGGGGGGAGUUCCUUCUGCUCUUUUGAACUCAACAAAACUUGAAUGGUUGGAUUUGGGGUCAAAUAAGUUGAGUGGGGAAUUGCCUGUUAUGGAAAUGCCAUCUUUGGUUUACCUUUAUUUGUUUGAGAAUGAAUUUGUUAGUCAUGAUGGGAAUUCAAAUCUUGAGCCUUUCUUUGCUUCUUUUUCCAAUUCUUCAAAGCUUCAAGAGAUUGAUUUAGCUAGCAAUCAUCUUGGUGGAGAGAUACCUUCUAGUAUUGGUGAUCUUCAUGUCAAUCUCUCAGAGCUUCACUUGAGUAAUAAUCUUAUCUAUGGUUCAAUUCCUCCUUCCAUUUCAAAGCUUAUGAACUUAACUGUUUUGAACUUGUCUGGUAAUUUUUUGAAUGGAACCAUUCCUUUUGAGUUUGGAAGAUUGAGGAAACUUGUGAACAUUCAACUGUCUAAUAAUAUACUUUCUGGUGAAAUCCCAUCUUCUCUUGGUGAAAUUCAGCCUUUGAGUUAUAUUGACUUUUCUAGGAACAAACUUUCUGGUUCUGUUCCUGAAACUUUGGCUAAACUUUCACAGUUGAGACAAUUAUGGCUUUAUGGAAACCAUCUCUCAGGAACAAUCCCACCAAGUUUGGGAAAAUGCAACAACUUGGAUUUCUUAGACCUGUCUAGCAAUCAAAUUUCUGGUGUUAUUCCUAGUGAAAUUGCAGUUAGAACCAUGAAAUUUUAUUUGAAUCUGUCAAGAAACCAUUUACAUGGACCUUUGCCAUUGGAGCUUAGCAAAAUGGAUAUGGUUCUUGCAAUUGACUUGUCCUCAAACAAUCUCUCAGGCCCAAUUCCAUUUCAACUUGGGAACUGCAUUGCAUUAGAACACCUAAAUUUAUCUGAUAACUCCUUUGAUGGGCCUUUACCAAUUUCCAUUGGCCAGCUGCCUUAUCUUCAAACACUUGAUGUUUCUUUCAACCAAUUGAUUGGAAACAUUCCAGAAACUCUUCAAACAUCUUCAAAUCUCAAGCAGCUCAACAUUUCUUUUAACAAAUUUUCCGGUCAAGUACCAGACAAGGGGGUAUUUUCAUGGUUGACAAUGUAUUCUUUCCUUGGAAAUAAUGGUCUUUGUGGCUCAAUCACAGGCUUGCCAAAGUGCAGGGAAAGGCACAAGUUUUAUAAGUUGAUGCCAAUUCUCUUGUGUUCAUCUGCAGUUUUUGUACUAUGCAUUACUGGGAUUGUCUUCACACUCAGGUCGAAAACGAGAUUGAAUAUUCCGAUUUUGAAUCAAAGGGGUUUCGAAGAAUAUGGACAACAAACUAUAGAGAGGAAGGAGAUGAAAUACCCAAGAAUCUCAUACAGACAACUGGUGGAUGCUACUGAUGGUUUCAGCUCUUCCAGCUUGAUUGGUUCAGGAAGAUUUGGAGAAGUCUACAAGGGAAUUUUGCCAGAUAAGACAAAGAUUGCAGUUAAAGUCUUGAAACCAAUUAGAACAGCAGGUGAAAUUUCUGGAAGCUUCAAAAGAGAAUGUCAAGUGCUGAAAAGAACAAGGCAUAGAAAUUUGAUCAGGAUCAUAACCACUUGUAGCAGACCGGAUUUCAAUGCUCUUGUUUUUCCAUUAAUGUCAAAUGGCAGCUUGGAAAGCUAUCUUUAUCCUAAUGACCGAGGAUCGAGCAUUUGUAGACCGGAUUUGGUUCAAUUGGUGAGCAUUUGCAGUGAUGUGGCUCAAGGUGUGGCCUAUCUACAUCAUCACUCACCAAUUAGAGUGGUGCAUUGUGAUAUUAAACCAAGCAACAUUCUUCUUGAUGAUGACAUGACUGCUUUAGUCACUGAUUUCGGAAUUUCGAGACUGAUCAUUGGGGGAGAAACUAACAAUAAUAUUUCUUCUUAUAGAAACGAGUCGACUUCCUUCAGUUCAACUCAUGGUUUGUUAUGUGGAUCUGUUGGCUACAUACCUCCAGAAUAUGGAUUAGGUGAACGUGCUUCAACCGAAGGAGAUGUGUUCAGUUUUGGAGUUCUUCUGUUAGAAGUUGUGACAGGAAAGCAUCCAACUGAUCUUCUUUUCCAACAAGGUGCAGGCCUUCAUGAAUGGGUUAAAAGCCACUAUCCUCACAAGCUUGAGGACAUAGUCGAUGAAGCAAUGGAAAGACAUAGCCUUCAGAGGCCAAACGUUACAAAACAAUCUCCCAAACUGUGGCGUGAAGUUAUAUUCGAGUUGAUCGAGCUUGGUAUCAUGUGCACGCAGUACACUCCAUCGUUCAGGCCGAGCAUGGUCGAUGUAGCUCAUGAAAUGACACGUUUAAAGGAACAUCUCUCAAACUCUUUACCGUUGUUUGUUCAAGAAGCCGGUCUUGCAAACGAUGAAGGUUGCUGAUUGCUCUGCAAAGAUUUAGAGCAAUUUGGGGUUGUUCAU